GUAUUACGCAAAGUAAGCGUCAUGCUGAGGCACGCAUCCAGACUCGUCGAGGAAACAGCGUUCAGACAAUAAUUAUGAAUUUAAACAUCUUAUGUUUCACACAUCUGUAAAGAUAAAUUAUUAUUUUCUUCAAACUUUCGUAUGAUAGAUAGAGCCUGGCUGUUAAGUGCGGCCAUAUCUGCAAACAGUUCUAGCGAUAGUUGCGGAGUAACCGGCCUUAUGCGCUCAGGCGGCUAGGCCUUGCCUGGCCCGCAGUGUCUCGGUUCAAGCAUGCAUCCGUCCUGGGGCGGUUACGCAGGGGCACACCAGCCUCCUCCACACUUCGGCCCGCGGUCUCAUCAGUUUAGGGGACCUCAGCCUCCAGCAGUAGCAGGAGAAAAAAUUGGAGGAUAUGGCGCUCCGUCUCUUACAGCGUCGUCUAAUUUCUCUAGUUUACAAGAACAGCAUAUGCAACAAAUGCAGCAGUUGCAGCAGCUCCAUCUGAAGCAGCUGCAGUCGGUGCUACAUCACUCCGGCAACAACACCACCAACUCCAGCAGCAGCAGCGGGCCUCCGUACUGGCAAACCGGACACACCGCGCCACCCAACAGCUUUCAAGAUCCAUCCACUCUGAGAGGUCCUGCUGGCCCCCCUCAACCACAGCCUCCGCCAUCAGAAGUGAAACCUCCAGCUCCCGAGCCUCCUCCAUCUUCAUCACCGGCACUGAAGAGCCCCGCUCCAGCACCAAAGGUUAGCGAAGACAGUGCGUCGGUGGCGGAUGAAAAGCCCGACUUCUCGUCGAUGUCUCAACAGGAGCAGCAGGAAUAUUGGUAUCAGCAGCAUCGUCAAAAUUUGCAAAAGCUGAAAAACGAGAAGGCGAAGCAGAAUCAAAGUUCAUCUCUUGGAAACAAUGCUUCUGCUCCACCACCUCCAGUUGAACCCCCAAAGAGCACCCCUCCUCCCCCACCUCCCAAAGAGGAACCCCCUCCACCCCCACCACCAGAUGAAUCAAAACCCAGUGGCAUCACUAAUACAGGAGACCCAGCUGAAGCAGCACGUCUUCAACAGCUGCAGGCGGCAGCUGCCCAUUGGCAGCAUGUGCAGCAUCAAAGGGCCAGCAUUCAGUACCAGGCACUGAUGCAAGAGCAUGCUCAACUACAGCAAGUCCUGCAACAGUACCAACAGCUUAUUCAACAGCCAGCUCAUCUCCAGACAAUGCCCUUUGAGAUGCAGUUGCAGCACUAUGAAAUGCAGCAACAGCGGUUUUCUCCCUUGUACCAAGAAUGGGACCGGCACUUUAAUUUGUGGUUAGAACAGUUUCAGGGAUACCCACACAAAGACCAGCUACAUGAUUACGAAGCCCAGUGGAGACAAUGGCAAGAGCAAAUGAAAUCAACUUCAGCACAUCUGCAAGAGAGAGUCACAACUCUAAGAGCUAUGCAGCAUCAGUAUGGUACAGCUUCUUCGUAUGGGGGUAUGAUGGGACCAUAUGGGCAACAUCGACUUCCCGGACCAAAUGGAAACAUGCAUUUAGCCAGCCCACCAGUUAAUAUGGAUGCCAUGCCAAGACCUUCACAACAGGCCCCGCCACCUUCUGGACCGGUUAUUCCACAGGGGCCAUCACCUGUACAACGUUUUACAUCUUCUAGUUCAGAUUCUGUCUCUGAAACAGGUAAAACUGCUGGACCACCUGGACCAGGGGUUCGUCCUCAUGGGCCUCAUGGAAGAUUUGAUGGCCCAAGGUUUGAAGGUCCCAGAGGCCCUCGGUUUGAACAGCCACCCCAGCAACGGUUUAGUGCACCACCUAGAUUUGACACUGGUCAGCGAUUUAACCGACCUCCCAGAGGUAUUCCUCCUCACCCUGGGGGUCCACCAAGACCUGAGAACCCCCCUAGGCAGAAUGCACCUACACGAUUUGAAAGACCCCCUGUACCUCCUCAACAACCAGGGUAUGGAGGGCAAUCCAGUCCUGUCCCUAGCGUUCAAACAAAGCAACAAUCAGCAAAACCUGAUGCACCACCAGUUGCUCAAUCUCAAUUGGAACCAGAAAAACACAAAAAUACCCAAGAUCAAAGUAACAAAAAAAAUGGUGCUUCAACUCGUCCGUCACUGACAGAUGACAUCUUGGACUCAGUGGAUGGAUUUUUUAUUCAGAGUGGACCCAUUCCCCAAACUCAGGAUAAUACAUCUGACAAUACUAAAUCUGAUGCUGCAAAGCAGGAUAAGUUAAAAGAAAAUACUACUAAACCAUUCCUACCUACAGAAAGUCCAAACACCACCAACAAAAAUUAUCAGAAGUCUAGCUCACAACCUUCUAAUACCAACAAUGUAACUAAAGGGCCACCACAACAAACAAAGCCUCCUCAAAAUGAUAAGUUUAAACCUGAUACUCCUAAGGAGGCUCCUAGGGGGCCACAUGUGAUGAAUCAGACAGGCCCACCGCAGGUAACCAGAGGAAGGGGAAGGGGCCAAGGGCCUUUGCCUCUCAGAGGCAGGGGCCGUGCACGUGGUCGAGGACAGUAUGGUGGACAAAUGGCUGAUGCCAACUGUCAGAGAGAAAUUAUGCCAGAGGAUCCCUAUGACUAUCAGCAACCAGAUGCCAUAACACACAGCGAGGACCAGGAUUCGGCUUGGAGAGACCCCUCUUUAGAAGUACCUGGAGAAAUGGAUGAACAGGAUGCACCCCAUGAGAUGUGGCAUCCAGAGGAGGAACUCUUCCCAGAAGAGUACUAUGAAAAGCCUAGAGAGAGAAUACCCCCAGUGGAUCACAGGGAGCACCCAGAGAGCACUCAUCCAGAUGAACACUGGGAAGAAGAACCACAGGAAUACUGGGAGGAAGAAGAUCCAUACUUGGCAGAGACAAGACCUCCCAUGCAUGCUAGACCUCCUUUUCCUCCAGGUGGCCCUAGAAGACCCCCAUUCCAUCCUCGAUUUAUGCUUCAUGGUCCAAGACGCCCCCCACAUGGACCUCCUCACAUGGGACCACGUGGGGUAAUGGGACCACGGUUCAGACGUGGUCUAGGUCCAUGGGGACCACCACCCCGCCAUGACCUGAUGGAGCGAGACAUGAGACGGCCACCACCUCCUCAUGAAAUCUUGGAAGGGGGGCCAGCUGGACCCCUCGGAUAUGAAGAAGAAAUGGACAGAGAACCUGUAUGGACUCAUCCUCGUGGGAGGGGGCUGAGACGUCCUCCUUUACCUCCCCAUGAAAUGGUGAGAGGGAUUCGAAGACCUCCGAUGAGGCCCACAAUGCCAAGGGAGAGGUGGCAUGGCCAACCACCUCAUGAAGGAAAUUAUGAAGAGGAAUACCCUUAUGGUGCAGAGGAUGAUGCGUCCAGAAGGCCAGACCAUGAAUAUCAUGAAGAUUAUGAACAAGAUGAUGAGUAUUAUGGUUCUCGUGAGGAAUGGGGCAGGGAGCAGCCUGACAGAGACUAUCCACCACAUCGUCCCCCAGAGCACAUAAGAGAGGAUCCCUGGUUGGAUGAAAGAGAAAGGUCAUUCCCAUAUGAUGAUGAGAAUCGGUAUAGAGAGGAACGGAGAGGACCACCUUAUGCUGAUAAUCCACCUUAUCAAGAACGUGAUCGGGAGCCUCCUUAUCACUCUCGUUCUGACUGGGAAAGGAUCCCUCCUCCACCCCCACCAGAGAGAUCUUACUCCCAUCAAGUCGAUGAAAUGGAGUCCCAUUAUGAACACAACCCAGAGCCGCUAACUGGGAUGCCUGCAUCUCAAUCCCUUGAUCCUCCACUUGAGCAGUCUUCAUCUAGUGAUAAUAAAACCGUACUUGCUCUGUCUCAACGGCAGCAUGAGAUCAUUCUCAAAGCUGCCCAGGAGCUGAAAAUGAUAAGAGAACUUCAGGAAAGCAAGAUGGUUUUGGGAGGAGCUUCAAACUCAGAGUCAGCUGGGAUAACUUCAGAACUUCCCCCUGGAAUUCUUGGAUUGGAAAUUCCGCCUGAGGUUAAAAGUGCCCUGCAGGCUACCAAUUUAUUGUCAGAAACUGGACAGAGUAGUCAACCUUUGGAAGCUGGUUUGGCCCCUUCAAAUCAAUCUGCAGGCUUCCUUCAUUCAUCUUCAGCACCUGCCCCUACAGCCACAUUCAUUGCUAAAACAGUGGACUAUGGGCAUGGCCGAGAUGUUGGUACCACGGUGGAAAGGAUUUCUUAUGGAGAGAGGAUUGUUUUGAGGCCUACUCCACCGCCAUCUGAGCGACUUUAUGAGAAAGAACUGCUUGGCCACAGAGACCCGUACUAUGACAGAAGAAGUGACCCAUACGGUGGUUCCAGAGAUUAUGACCGGGACUGGGAGAGAGAUCCAUACAGAGAGAAGCCACCUCUGGAUUAUGAGAGAGACAGAUAUGAAAGGGAACGUUACCUGCGAGAAGAACGACCUCCUCCAGGACACAGAGAAAGGGAUCAUCCAAGCCGCUCAAGCAGGGAUCGUGAGGUGUAUAACCGACCAAGCUAUGACCGGUCUUCAUAUGAAAGGAAUCUUGAGCAUUAUGACCAUGGAUCCUCAAGCUUUGGUAGUGAUCGGAGGAGUUAUCCAGAUGAGCGCCCUCCACCACCCACAUCACUGCCCCCUUCUGCUCCUGUUGCUCCCCCUCGUGUGGAGAAGAAACCAGAGACAAAGAAUGCUGAGGACAUCCUCAAACCCCCAGGUCGAAGGACUCGGCCUGACAGGAUUGUGGUCAUCAUGCGUGGAUUACCUGGAAGCGGCAAAAGUCAUGUCGCAAAACUUAUUAGGGAUAAAGAAGUUGAAUCUGGUGGUGCGCCACCUAGAGUUCUCGGUCUGGAUGACUAUUUCAUGACUGAAGUGGAAAAAGUUGAGAAGGACCCUGAUAGUGGGAAGCGUGUCAAGAAAAAGGUUCUUGAAUAUGAAUAUGAGCCAGAGAUGGAAGAUACGUAUCGAAGCAGCAUGUUGAAGACAUUCAAGAAAACACUGGAUGAUGGAUUUUUUCCCUUCAUAAUCCUGGAUGCCAUUAAUGAUAAAGUGAAGUACUUUGACCAAUUCUGGAGUGCUGCUAAGACUAAAGGGAAACUUUUUGCCAAAAACAAGGGAUACCUUCCGAAAAGCAAAUGGGAGAUGGACACUUCAGAGGCAAAGCUCGACAAGCUGGAUGGUCUGGCGGGUGGAGGCAAGAGAAAACGAGUAACUGAUGUGUCUGGCAUGGAAGACUUCCUUCAGCUGCCCGAUGACUAUGCCAGUCGCAUGUCUGAACCUGGAAAAAAGAGGGUGCGCUGGGCUGAUCUGGAAGAGAAGAAGGACGCCGACAGAAAGCGCGCGAUUGGUUUUGUAGUCGGUCAGACAGACUGGGAGAAAAUCACGGAUGAGAGCGGCCAGCUCGCUCAGAGAGCUCUCAACCGCACCAAGUAUUUUUAGGAGAUUUUGUAAUGACAUUUAUACAGCAUUUAUGGUCACCAGUUCAUGAAAUUCGUCAUUUCUAAAGUGUGCUGCCUGAUGAAGAAAGAGCAAGAUCUCUUCACAAUCUGGCGCUUAGUUGUUGGCCGAUCCUGUAGAAAACGCAAUGGCCUUGGUGUGAUAUCUGGUGUUGUGUAAAUCUUUGUUUUGUUUUAUCCACAAUCUUUUUUUUUAAUAGUGUAAGCAUUGUGUGGUUUUGUAGCAGUGGUGCAUUUGAUUGUAGGUGUUACCUUUUCUUUUUUUAUUCCAUAGAUCUAAUGUAAUUGGCCGUAAAAAAAGUUCUUGUAGUUCACACAUGUACACACUCAAUAAAGCUUACAAAACAGUCUCAGAA